GUUCUCGUUUAGUUGUCAUAGCGUGAGGUUGUCGAGUCGGGAGAGUUUCUAGCGUUUCUCCGCGCUUAAUUAAUCGAAAACAAAAGCGCGUGUAUGUUCCAAAUCAAUAUUAAACUAACUAAAAACAUAAAAUAUUUAAAUGCAAGUGUAUUGCAUAUGUGUGAUAACACAUAAUAAGCAAAAUGCAUUGCCGUAUGUGCAGGCAACAAAAUUCUAAUAGUACAAGUGAGAACUUCUACACAGAGAUUGAGAAGAGAGAGAGUGAGUGAACAAGAGCGCUUGCGAGAGCGAGCAUAAAAUCACAGUCACAGCAGCAGCAAUAACAAAAAUAAAUACACACACACUAAAAUUUAACUGGCGCUGGAUCAUGCAACAGCAACAGCAACAGAAGCUGCUUCAAACGACGAAAAUGCGAACGAGCUUUACAGUACUGGCCGCUGGCGAGGCCGCCAUCAACGUCGCUAUCUUUGCGCAGGAAUAACGGAAUGUAGGCAAGAAAAAAGCGGAGGGAAAAAUCACAGUUGAAAACGAUCGAAUUUAUCAAGCAUCCAAGUUUAAAAAAAAAGGCAAAUAAAAAACAAAAAAUAUACGCAAAUUAAAGAGCAAAAACACUGCAAUAUGCACGUUUCAGCUAUUAAAAGCGAACAGCAGGAAAGGGCAAAGGAUGCAUAUGCAGCGAUAAAGUUUAAUAAUUAUCGAAAACGAAGCAGCAACGACGAGAACAACAACUACAUUAGCAAAAUUAUAAUGACGUCUUCAAUACUGGUGCAACGCCUCGCAACGCUGAGCAUGAGUGGCAAGUGGCGACGGCGCCGACGGCGGCGCAAACAGCAAAACGACGACGCAAUUGUGAAAGCAACAACAACAACGAAAACAGCAGUAGCGACAACAAGAGCAUGCGCCCAUAAUGAUAAUUGCAAUUAUAGUAAAACAACAAUGCGUGCCCAUGAUUUCAAUAAAAUCAAUAAAUUACAGCUAAUUACGUGCAUGCUACUGAUAACAACUACAACAAUUUGUCAAAGUUAUGCAGCUGCAGCGCCAUCGACGUCAGGUUCAUCGUCAGUGUCUGGCGAGGCGUUAACAUCGCCGCUGAGCGCGCUGCUCAAAUCGGGCGGUGCCUCCUACAAUCAACAGCUGCCACAGCAACAACUUUUUGCCAUGCUUGCAAAGAAUAACGGAAACACGGCUGCGCUGGCAUCGGUAGCAGAGGCUUCACAGUCACAGUCGGAGCAGUCACAGCAACACCAACAACAACAACAGCAGCAGCAUCAUCAACAUUCACGUCAGCGACCACGCUUUCUGCCGUUACGCGAAGACGAUUCAGAGGAUACGGGCGAUGAGGAAUUUGCCGCCUUGCAUAUUCCACUGGAAAUCGCAGCAGCGGCUGCUGCUUCGCUGGAAACGCGCGGCUUCGUGGCCGAUGAUGGCGGGCAAUACGAGCAGGCGGAAAAAGAGCUCGCUGCAGCCGAAUCAGCGGCAGCAGCAGCAGCGAAUGCGAAUGCCAAAAAUAACAAUAACAGCAACAACAACUACAACAAAAACUGUCCUAAGGAGUGCAAAUGCCAGAACGAGUUCUUCGAUUGCGAUAAGCAGCACUUGGAGCGGGUGCCCAUACUGCCCAACUAUGUGCAAACGCUGCAUCUGGCGGGCAAUAAAUUGAACGACAGCACCGUCCUAGCGAUUCGAAAUCUGUCCGAGCUGCAAAGACUCUCGCUGAAACGCAAUCAGCUGGAUGUGAUGCCCAUGUUUACGAAUCUGCAAUCGCUGCGCCAACUCAUCUUGGCCAACAAUCGUAUACAGCGCAUCUCGAGCGAGGCGCUCGCUUUGCUGCCCAAGCUGAAAUUGCUGGAUCUGAGCAAGAAUCAACUGCACAGCGUGGAGGCCAAUAUGUUCCCUAGACCAAACCGACUCUCCCAUUUAAUACUUAAUGGCAAUGAGAUCGGCAGCGUGAAUGAGCUGGCAUUUGCUACGCUUAGCAAUCUAACGGAUCUGGAGCUGAGCAACAAUCAUCUGAGCAGCCUGCCAGUGGGCGUCUUUAAGAACUUGCUGCGCCUAAAGAAGCUCACCCUCAAUUCGAAUCGAUUGGAGAUCAAUUGGUCAACGUUUCGUGGUCUGCAAGCGCUGCAGAAGCUGGAGCUGAAAGCGAACAACAUCAAGACGCUGCAGGAUGGCGUCUUUCAUGUGAUGCGCAACAUUGAGAGCAUUAAGCUGGAUCACAAUGACAUCAGUUCGCUGUCCCGUCAGGGUCUCUUCAAUCUGACCAAGUUGCACCAUUUGAGCCUAUCCAAUAACUCGAUCAGUCGCAUCGAGCUGGACACAUUUGAAUUUACCCAAUAUCUGGAAUGGGUCGAUCUGUCGCACAACCAUAUCAGCGACUUCAAGGCGCAGCACUUGGACUGUCUGAAGCGAUUGAAGCAUUUGAAUUUGGGCCACAAUAAGUUGCAGUAUUUGCCGGAGAAUACGUUCGACUGUGUCAAGAACCUCGAGGAGUUGAAUUUGCGCCGCAAUCGUCUCGCCUGGAUCAUUGAGGAUCAAUCAGCUGGGGCGCAUUUCAAGGCGUUGCGCAAGUUACGCCGGCUCGACCUCUACGGCAACAAUCUGAAGCAGAUCAGUAGCAAAGCGCUGACCGGACUAAACAGUCUUGUGCAGCUCAAUCUGGAGAACAAUGAGUUGGCUAGCAUUCAGCCGAAUGCCUUUGAGCAUAUGCAAAAUCUGCAGAAGCUCAGCUUCAAGUCGAAUAACUUCAUAUGUGAUUGCGAGUUGAUCUGGUUCCGUCAAUGGCAUCUCAAUCGCUUUGGCAUAAAGACUGAGAAGCUCUUCACAAAUGCUGUCUGUGGCUAUCCGGAGCACCUGCUCGAUAGCCAGCUCUUCCGGCUCACUCCUGAGCAACUCGUGUGCUCUGACUCACCCAAGCCGGUGCUGCAAAAUGAGCCCAGCAACAUGCUCGCUGUCAAGGGCGCCAAUAUUACCUUGGAGUGCAUGGCGACCUCGCCAGCUGCCGCUUCGGCUGCUGCCACCGAUGAGCUGGAGAUCAAGUGGCGGCAUGACAAUCAGCACGUCGUAGAGAACCAAAAUGUCCACGAUGGCGCCAGCACCAAGACGCAAAUACAUCCCGAUCAGAGCACCAAUCAGACAACGAUCUACGGUCACCUGCGUCUGUUCAAUGUCACUGACGAGAGCGCCGGCCGUUAUCAGUGCGUGGUGUCCAAUGCAUUUGGCUCCACCUACGGCCAAAAGUUCAAAAUAUCGAUAGGCAUUCAUCCCAGCUUCUUGCAUGUGCCCUCGAAUCUAACAAUAGAUGCGGGCGAAACGGCGCGCUUGGUGUGCUCGGCCAGCGGGGAUCCCAUGCCAGAGAUGGCGCUGCAAAAGUUUGGUGGUCGUGAUUUUCCAGCUGCCACAGAACGGCGACUGCAGGUGAUACGCGAGGAGAAUGCAUUUCUGAUAACGAAUGCCAAGCCGAGUGAUUCGGGCAUAUAUACCUGCACGGCAGAGAGUCCGGCGGGCGUGAUUAAAGUGAAUGCCACGCUGAUUGUGAAUGAUAAACCCCUGCCCAGCAUUCCACUGGUCCACAAGGAGGUCAUCCUGGGUCGCACCUGUGUACUGGAGUGUCUCAGUGAAUCGCUUAAUAUGGAGCUGGAGCAGCCGCAUCGUGAGUGGUUCAAGGAGAACAAGCCGUUGCAUAAUGCACCCACUGGGCCCGAUGCGGAGCGCUUCUACUUUACCGAGAGCAAGGAGCUCUUGGUCAUUGUCAAUGCACAGUCCACGGACGCUGGACACUAUCGUUGCGAGAUCAGCGACAAUUUGCGCACCUUGACACUGCAGUCGGAGCUGUUGGUGGUGCAGGAUAGCUUCAAUAUCGAUGUGGUGCUGCUUAUUGUGAUGAUUAUCACGAUAAUCACGAUCAUCUGUUUCUCGGUAUGCAUUGGCAUUGUUUGGAAGGUUUCGUACUAUCAGCGAAGAAAGCUGUUGCAUAGCUCGACUACGCGAAGCAGUCAGCACACCCUGCCGCUGGAUCAGACGCAGUUGACCACAAUGAAUCGUACCAUCAUACUCGAUAACGCGGCGCACAAGCAGCAACAACAGCAGCAGCAGCAGCAGCAACAGCAUCAACUGAAUCAACAACAGCCGCGGCAGCAGCAACAUCAUCAAUCGCAGUCUCAGCUACGGUCGCCAAGUUUGACGGACUUGGAGUGUGGUCCUGGCCAGAGGCAAAGUAGUUUGAUUGUGUACACGACGCCAUCGUAUGAGCAACGCUGCUUGGAGCAGGGUCUGACUCUGUGCUACAUGCAGCAGCCGGAACACGACCUGCAGCAGGAUCAUUUAUCCAGCAAAGACUCGGGCACGGGCUCCGAUGCAGCCGUCAAGCGAAGUCUGGAGGAUUUUGUUGUCGGCAUGCCGAGACGUCGGCUGCUGGGUGAAGAUGCUGGCGUCGAUGAUGAUGACGACGAUGUGGGAGAUGAGCAGGACGACAAUGAUUUGCAAUUUGCGCCGACGCGUGCGCUGGGCGUCUCUGUCUAUCAUGACUUGGAUGAGCACUACGAGCGCAAUCAAAGCGCACCCGAACAGCAGAGUUUCCUACGCAACAACAACAACAACCACCAUAACUACGAUGGUGGCGGUGGCGUAAUGGUGGGCGUGGCAAUGGCUGCAGCUGGCGACUACAAAGCAGCCAAAGCGGUGGACAUUUAAGUAUGAAAAGCCAAA